GGCUUGCAAGCCACACAGUUGUUGAUGGUAUAAAACAUUGACUCCCGCGUGAGGACGCUGGCUGCCCUCCGUACAUUUUGUGUACGCGCGCGCGCGUAUGAUCACUUACCAGGCCAUGAUGAAUUAGGACCCACUCCGCGGGCCAGUCAGCGAUGUUGGGAUGAAUGUUCGCAUGGGCACGAUGGGCUGAGCAACGUCUAUCCCCUUCAUCCCAGACGCACGUCGCGACCUCCACCAUCACUCCCACAAUCCUCGCGUCGCCUUAUUCGAACGACUGCAAGCAUCAUGAAGCUGCUAUACCUCGCUUGGUCUCACUUCAUACUCAUGGCAUGCUUGAUGAGUAGCACCAUGGCGGUUACCAAUCCUGUGUGGCACAAUCUCAUCGCGUAUCCCGCGCGCUCCACUGCCGAUGCGCUUCGCCCUCUGUGGGAGAAAGGCUGUCAGCAGGUCGGCGGUGCUCGAUCCGAUCUCCAGACUCGCGAUCUGACCGGCUACAAGGUCUACUGCUACACGGCUACUGGAAGCGAUAAGACUCUCACUUGUGCUCUCAAGCUUGGUUGGCUGGCGAAGGAGUAG